AUGAGACGAUCAUCCGUAUCGUUUUCCCAGACAGGUAGUAUUCUGACACUUUGUAACUGGCCAUGCGUUCUGGAAACUGUUAGUGGACUACAUUUGGAGCAAUUAGAUGCAUAUGGGUCGCGUCCUUCAGUACCAACAACACCAAUCAUUUCCCACUCCAAAAACAUGUUUACUCCAAUUGAAGUGCGGCAACCUACACGCCUUUUGGUUAUAGACACAAAGCAGUUUGAUAUCGACCAUUUUAUUCGUGAAGCAGUGAUCACCCAUGCGAUAAAACCUAAUCGGGAACUUCAAAAAGUCCUCGACUCGAUCGAGUUUGAAAAUUUUCUAAAAGCAGGUGUGCUUUUUGUGCAAGCAUUUAUUCGUGAGCAGCUUGUACGAGCUCAAGAGCAAGCAUCCAAGUCUUGGAACAAUGUUCCUCCAGCAUUCAUUCGCCAAGUAAAUGAAAUUUCAAAGCAAGAGCUUUUCUCAAUAGAAGGCAUCUCAAGUGCAGAUGCUUGCCAUGAAACAAAAACCAAAUUACACAACUUUUCAUUGUCGUAUUGCUUUCUACUACUAUACAACUCUCGAAAAUCGCAUGGUUUAGCCAAAGAAAGAUAUCAUUUCGAGGGAAUAUAUAACAUUGCAAUUAGUUUUGUAAAGUCUACCCUGUCGGCACAUUCACUCGAUCAAGUCAUUGAUCACGAAUUAAACUUUCUAUUUCGAUCACCAUUGUUUGCAACGCUUCCAACAAAAACCAUGAUUGAUCCGAUUCAGCAGCAAUUUAUUUCUGCUAUACGUGAUUUGCAAUCGUGCUCUAAUAAAAACGGCACACUUCAAGGUCACUCUAACAACCCACUUGAAAGCAUGGGCAUGCUACACUUUAUUAACUUAAAUCGUAGAGACUCGUCAUCUUUGCCGUGUGGAAAAAAGUUGCAUGAUGGAAUGCAAGACUUGCCAUCCAAUCAAUCGUUUGAUCCACUAGGUUCAGCACUCAAACAUAACCAAAACAGCCGUUGUAAAAAUACACAUGCAUCAUCACUACCACGUAUGGGUGGUGUCGGUAAAUGGGGAAACUAUGUUGGAACAUCACGACACAAUCAAAAAUUAAAACCCAUGCAUGCAAGCUUGGAUACUAGCUCUAAUUUUAUGCAACUUUCAUCUACUGAAGGGAUUGGUGCUGCUCAUUCUUCUGGUCAUCCUGGUUCAACCCUUUCUUCUUCCGUUAGAGGCCGUAGCAGGGUAUCUAGUGAUAUAAACACUCUUGCAUUAAAUUCUAGACCAAAUACAGUGGAUACCCGACACAAAAGAAUAUCACUCAACGAUGUGCGAAUGCUUCGAUCACCUUUAGCAAAUGAAACGCUGCCACCUGUUCAACGAUUUUUGUUUGUCCAGUCGCGUCCAGAAGCAAUCAGUAGUGUAGUUGGGUGA